AUGAAAGAGGCUAGACACGAGGAAGUCAUGGCAAUAAUGCACGAACAAGGCACUGCUCUUGACACCGAAGUUGCUCUCAAUGAAAUCAAGGAGCAAAUUAAAGAAGUCCAGACUAAAAUACAAGAAAACGCUAAGGCGACCAGUGUAGUUGUGAACGGACCAAAAGCCAAGAAGCCGGAUGAUCCGUCAACUGCGACUGUAGCACCUAUCGCAGAACCCAAAUCAGGCAAUCAGAGUAACAAAAAUAAACCGCGUCGUCCCAGCAGUUAUGCUGAAGCCUUGAGCAAGCCUAAUUACGCGGUCUUAAUUGAAUCGGCCGAUCCCAGGAAAACGUCUGAUGACGUUAUAAACCAAGUAAAACAGAACGUUAACGUCAUCGAUCUAGGUAUUGGCGUAAACAGAGUAACUAAGAUCAGGAACCAAAAGGUUAUUAUGGCAUGCGGGUCCCAAGAAGAACGCAGAGCCCUUCAGGAGGCGAUACGCCAAAAGUGUACACAGGUCUCGGCUAGAAGCACAAGGGAUAGACUCCCACAAAUUAGGCUUGUCGGAGUCGUAAAUAGCCUCACAGAUGAACAGAUUGAGAAGGCGGUCAUCAGCCAAAAUCGACAUCUGCUUGGCUCCCUUCCUCCCAAUUCGCAGGUCAGGACACUACGUAGGACCAAAGGUAGAACACAAGAAAUCAAGAACGUGAUUCUGGAAGUAUCGCCUCCAAUAUGGAAAGCAGUUCAAGGGCAAAAGCUUCACAUCGGCCUGCAACUGGUGCCUGCAGUCGAUCAGUCGCCUCUGACCCAGUGCUACAAAUGCAUGGGAUAUAAUCACAGGGCGGCUGAAUGUAAUGAACAGAUUAGAUGUGGGCAUUGUGCCCAAGAGCAUGAUACCAGAGUGUGUCCAAAUAGGAACUUGACCCCUCAGUGCUCUAACUGCAAAAAGGCAAAGAGAGACCUUGAGCCACAUCCAGCAUACAGCCAAGACUGCCCCGACUGGCAGAAAUGGGAUGGAAUAGCAAGGGCCGCUGUUCUAUACUGCUAA